AUGGCGAAGCUGGAGAGCCCCGGCGGGCAGCGGGCGGCGGGGCCGUCUACUCGGCGAGCUCCGCGCUUUGCCCGCGGCUCCGCCCGCCGGCGGCGGCUGCCCAGGGCCCUCCCGCGCGGGCGCGCUCUGGAUUGGCCGUGGCCGGGCAGAGGCAGCCAGUUUGGGCCCGGCUGCCCUCGCCCGCCCCCCACCCCGCCCCGGCCCUUUGUACAGCAAUUGCAACAAGUGGGAGCAGAGGUAAGUCGCAGCUCCGGGCGCCGGCUCCCGGGGCCCCGUGGGGCGGCGGCAGCGCGCGCGCUCUGCCCUCGGGCGGCCCCGCUCUCCCCCGCCCGGCCCCGCAGCCCCGCAAUAACUUGGCUGGGCGGGGUCCGGCACUGGGCUAGAGAGGUCGAGCGCGGCGUCUUGAGCCGCUGGCGGGAGGCUGCUGCUUCCCCGCCUGCAUCAGUGCGGGUCCCGCGGACUCCUCGCCCCCGUCCCCGCGAGCUCGGGGCUCCACAUCAAGGAAAUCCUCAGCCCGGGAGUGGCUUCCCCAGAAGCAGCAGCCCCAAGCCUCCGAGAGUCAGUCGGAGAAAAGGACACACUCAGGCGCCCUGCGACAGGGAUGCCCGUCCGACCUACAAGGAACGCCUCGUAAACCGGGGUGCAUGGGAGACCACGGAAAUAACACGUUCUCGCUGUUUCCAAGCUUUGGGAUAGGCAUCUCGACCCUCGCUCUCUACCCACGUUUCCCCCCCAAAUCCUGGAGAGGGAACCAGAACCAGCGCCCCGCUGCGGGGCGGGCCGGCCAGCGCACCUCCUGGGGGUCACACCGACAAAUCUGAAGCGGGUUUGCCAGGGGAGUGUACCCGUCUCCCCGGCCUGGGCCACCCGGUCCACAGGGAUUCCAUUUCCGGCCUUACACUCCGCUCCACGAUCCCAUCCAGGCGCUGCA